AUGUCCGAGCCACCCCCGCACCGGAAACGUGGCCACGCAUUUGACGCAAGCCCGCCUUCGUCUUUCAUGCGCACUACGCCCCCUCCCGUUGUGUUUUGUGCCGGCACGGGCCCCGUGACCGGGCUUCAGACUGUUCCUCCGGCCGGGCGGGAUCCGGAUGCUGUGCAGUUGCCUCACCUGCCGGGAAUGCCGACGCAGCCGCGAUUCCCCCCAGGUCUUCAUCCGAUGGCAACAGAGCGGUCGCAGCAGGAGGCGCAAAAGGUUCAGGAGUGGUCGCAGGAGGUGCACGAGUGCAAGCAGGAGAUGCAUGAGUGGUUGCAGGAGGUGCCAUCCUCGAUGUAUCCUGAGGAGGACCCAGUGCAACAAGCCACGCUCCCGGGUGCCUGGCCUCAGAAUACCAGCUUCCAGCAGUGGCAACAUGAUAAUCUGCAUUUCCAACAAGACCCCCAAGCUGCUGCUCGGCCAGCCCGUAGUCAAGGACCGGCUUCUCAGCAAGGACCAACUUCUCAGAAACAACCGGCUUUUCAGGAAGAACCGGCUUCUCAGCAAGGACCGACUUCUCAGCAAGGACCGACUUUUCAGCAAGGACCGGCUUCUCAGCAAGGGUUUGCACCUCCUCAGGCACGUCCCCAAGGUGCCCAACAAAAGCGACCACCGGGAUUGGAGAUCAAAAAAGCGCCUCCCGUUGUGUCUGCUUUGGGUUCAACGCCUGUAGCUAGCUUCCUACCUGGCCCUCAAGAAACGGUGAAGCCUCGUUUGCAGCAGCAGCAGCAGCAGCAGCAGCAACAGACUUCGCAGCAAGAGCGUCCCGAGGGUGACCAAUCGCAGGUUCAACCUACCCCCCAGCCGGUUAGCCCUCCAUGCAAUAUACCUCAGCAAGGACGUCCGCAAGGUGGUCCUAGCCAGCCAGUUCGUCUCCCAUCCGUUACACCUCAGCAGGGGCCUGUGCAGGGUGGCCAACCCACUCCUCUGCGGGCUCCCCAACAACCGCAAAGUCGUCCGCAAAGUGGCACAUCUCCGCAGACUCCUCCGCAGGGGCUCUUUCAAGAAGGACGACAAAGCAAGCCGCCAGGAGUCCAAUCCGGACCGGAUUAUUCAGUCCAGACUUCUCAGGGCGGUUAUCAUCGGCUGGCUAUGCUGCAGGAUUACACUCAGGGACUUCUUACCCCGCGGAAGUUGAGAUUGAAAAACGGCGUCAUCGAUAUACCUGCGGGCCUACUCACUUGGUUCAGAGUACCCCUCCCCGACUUAUCACUGCCGCCAAAUGCUCUUCACUUCCAGCUCCUGCCGCCAAAGUCGUUCCCCAGCGUGACUGUCCAGCAAUUUGAUAUAAUCGAGCUAUUCUUCUACAGCGCGAUCAUGGGCCCCCUGAACAGCUCCUACACCCUCCGGCACAUCGCGAUGAUGUACUACAUCUGCCGGAACAACCCCACCAAGGUUCAGGAUUGCAUCAAACUCGCGAAGUCCCUCCUUAGUACUAUCCGCUUGGAUACCAAAAACAUCAUGAGCUGGUGCGAGGUGUGGCACAACCUCGACUACAUGUUUACCGUGAUGAAGGAGGAUAUCGAGCUGGAGAUAGUCCUCCACAUUGAGGCGAAUUGGGAGUACUACAAGACUCUGUGGAAUGAAUUGCGCGCCGAGAGGAUGGAGUGGGUGAAGAGGUAUGGUUGGUUGAAGGAUAGCAUCUGCGAGAGGGCUUUCGGUACACAGAUUUGGUGGUGGGCCCAUAGGUUCGAGAGCAAGACCCUAGAGAUGCAGAGGGGAUACGGUGGCUGCUCAAUUUUUUCUGAGCCGCCGCCUGCAACUGGAGAGGAUUGUCCGUGCAAUGGGAAGGGGUUUGACCAUCUCUUUGAUGAGGAAGUUGAUGCGGAUGAAACAUUCCCGCCAGUUUUGAUUGUCAUGCGGCCAGAGGCCUACCCUUACAUGUUUUCUGGUUGCUUGAAGGAAUUGGAGAAAUCGAAGUAG